AUGGCUGGUUUGGAAGCUUCCUUUGGCACCGUAGCAGCUGAGAACACCACCUUCUAUGGCGGAACUUUCGCAGAAGAGGAGGCACGGACGAUCUAUCCCAGCCGCUGCAGCUCUAUGGGGCAGCCGGGCGCGAGGAUGCCAGACUCCUUCCCGCCGCUGCCCAGCCCCUGCCGUGGCAGCUGGCAGUAUGGCCAGGGCAACCCGCAGAGCUUUCAGAGCAGCUUUCCGAGCUUCAGCCUCUCGCGACCGCCCCCGAGUCCCCAAAGGAAUGGCUCCUGCCCGUGUCCCAGCUUUGGCGAUGGCAAGGGUUUGGAUUCCUUCUGGUCCUUCAACUCCCGGCACACCAUCGCGUCCAAGCCGAUGAAGAACCUCACCCCACCAGGGCUCAUCGCAACCGGGAUACCCUGGUUAGAGUAUGGCCCUGGUCAGGCAACUUUGCAGAGCCCCUUUGCCUCUCCCCGCAGCCGCAGCCCUUCGCCUGUCCCACAAGCGGCUCCAGCACUCCCUGUGCCUCUGCGAAUGGAGCGCGGUCGCCCACUGAAUCUCCCGACGGCCGGAGGUCCCCCAAGCCCUGGCCCCCUAAGCCCUCUCAGCCCCUUGAGGCCUGUGAGGCCAGUCAGCCCGAAUCACUUGGCCGGAUCUUGGCCAUCAGCUCCAAUCCCAGCUUGCCACGUGCACCCCCCCGUCGUGACACGAACAGUUAGCCAGGCCACCUCUGUACCAGCACCGAUUCCCAUAGCACCCUCGUCAGAAGCGACGCAAACCGCUCGCAGCAACAUCAGCCGCAUGACAACGAACCCGUGCGUGGGCCGAGUGGUUUAUUUACCUCCGAUCACCAUUCCCUCGGGGCAGCCGGGCCAGACAGAGACGCCGGCCAGCAGAAGCCGAUCUAUCUCGCCGCUCAGAUCGCCAACUCCAGGAAUCUCGCAGGCUCCGAGGAUCAUCAGCGACAUCGUGAUCCCGGGCAUGACCAGCCUGAAAGGGAGUGUGGAGGAGAAGCUGUACGAUGUCGAGGAUCCUCUGCCGACGACAGAAGUGAGGCUGUCCUCGCUGCCGAAGCCCAAUUCCAUGCCAGGUUCUGACACCAGCACUGACGCGCCGGGACAUACGCCUCCAGUUCCUGCGCUGAGAGGCAUCACCAAGGUGUUUCGACGCGGCCUCCAUCCGGGAGAACGAGCCCAGGUCGAAUCGCUGCUGCUGCCGGCAGGCGAGAGCGAGCUACGGCAUGCAGCGUUUCAGGAGUUCCGAUGGGCCUUGGAAAGCGGUGGCCGGGCCAGAGGGGAAACGAUCGAUCUCCCAGCGGCGCUAACG